UGGAGACUCUUGCAAGAUUAAACAAACAGCCACAUCUCUGUUAAGCGACAGGGCUGUGCAGACACACAGGACAUCUUCAAGGAGGGAACGUGGUGCUGUGACCCUGUCACAAGACUGAGCAAAUAUGAAACACGCCCUGCUGCUGCCCCUUCUCCUGCUGGGGACCGUUGCUGCUUUUCAUCUGGAGAAUCAUGCUCCCCACCUGGACAGCCAAGACACACAGGCAGACCUGAGCCAGGAUCUGGAAGGUUCAGGAGAUCAGGAGGGAGAGUUGGCCCAGACUAAAGAGGAGAUUCAGUCAGAAGAAGAGCAGGUGGAGGCUUCUGGCUACCAAAAUGACUGUGAGGAGGAGAAGGCCAUGCAGUGGGACCCAAGUGCCCUGGACAACGACUUGCAGUGCCCCAAGACCGAGGACACAGUUGAAAUAGUGGGCCGUCCUGGGUGCAAGACCUGUCGCUACAUCUUGGUGCAGACCCCGAGACAGUUUUCUGUAGCUCAGGCAACCUGCUCGAGGUGCUACAGAGGCAACCUUGUCUCCAUCCACAACUUCAUUGCCAACUAUUAUCUCCAGUGCAUCACCAGUGGAGUCAACGGAGGCCAGGUCUGGAUUGGAGGCAGAGUCUGUGGCUCGAGGCCUCACUGGGUUGACAGGAGCUGCUGGAAUUAUUCGAACUGGGCUGCAGGACAGCCUAACUGUGGGGUUGGCAGCUGCAUAGUUCUAUGCACCAGAGGGGGUAGGUGGCGACGUGCCCGAUGCUGCCAGCGUCGGCCCUUCGUCUGCGCUGCCUAAGCCAGCCAUCUGGAGAUCCUGCCUUGGAGCCUGCUGCCCACACCCCUCCUGGCUGCCCCGACCCACCCUGGGCCCUAGCUGGGCCUCCAGCCUCCCCUGCUCAUAAAGCCAGACU